CUACUUGAGGAAGUUAAGAAAUUAUAACUGGAUUAAAAUCCUAGGUUUUUUUUUUACUCACUGAUCAAAUUUAUCAUUUUUGUAGAUUUCAUCAGCAGGAACUUCACAAUUUUUGAAAAUUUAAAAGGUUAAUUGAUGAAUUUUUCUAUUUUUAUAGACAAGUAAAAAUAUGUGAAUUUUCCAGUGAAAUUCACCAUUAAAAAUUGUGAAAUUUCACACUACAAGAAACUGCUGGGAAAAGUUGCAGAGCCCCAUUUUUGCCAACACACAAGAUAAUUAAGGUAGAUUUAAUUUGGCUAUAAAUUUUACAACAUUAAUUGUUCAUUUUAGCUGUCGCGAUCAUUUUAGCUUUGCCAUUACUUUCAUUUGACUAUGUAGGUUUUUUUUUUUUAGCUUUGCCAUCACUUUCAUUUUAGCUUUUGGCUUUUUAUUUUGCUGUAACUAUUCAACCACGGAGAUAUGCAGAUCAGACAAUGCAGUGAUAGUGUCAUUUGACUAAUUUUGUCAAAUUAUAUAUUUAUUAUUAUUAAAAAUUGAUUUGUGUGUAUGCAUUUUAUACUAAUUGAAAUAGCCUAAACUUUAAAUAUGCAAUUACUUGAUCAUUCAAUCGAUGAACCGAAUCACAGGUUUAACAUGUCAAAGCACGUGUUUAGACCCAAAUUGAAUACGUUGAGAUGUAGAUAGUUAAUUUUGGAAGAAUUAUUCAGACUCUUGAUAAUUGACUAAUUAUUUUUAAAACGUUUUUUAUUGUGUGAAGAUUAGAUGUCAACUUACUCCACGUAUUAUUGACUUUCUCCAUUGAUUAAACUUAAUUAGGCACAGCCAAUUGCAUUUUAAAGCAUGAGCAUAGCAGCUAACUAUAAAAUAAUAAUAACAAUAAUAAGGCUUCAUUUGUUUUGAUGUAUUUUUCUUUUUUUUUUUUAUAGAUAAAAUAUGUAUAUUUUUUAUUUUUAUUUUUUGUAAAGGUUUAAAUCAAUAUUGAAGUCGGAAGUUUAAAUCGAGAUUGAAGUCGAAAUCUAUAUCGCGUGCAGCAUGUAAGUAAGUAAAUUGUUUUGUUGGGUUUUACUAUUUUUUUAUUUCUAAAUAUUUAAGGAUAAUCAAAUACCCAAAAAACUUAAAUGAAGGUAAUUAUUGAGUUGGUUUUGCUAACUUAGCAUUAUAUUAAUCGGUCAUAAUAAGACUCUUGUUCGGUCUCAACUCUGAAGUCGUAGCUAUGGAGUCCUCAAUUGUGAGUCACAGUCCGCGAUUGUCACAAUAGUGAGUCAGAAUAAACAUUUAUUAAAUUUGUAUAUAGAUUAGACUGUUUGAUCUGAUAAAUCAACAGUAUAAUUCCUGUUAUUGUUAAAUGAUCCAAGUUUAUUUCUUUGACAUUCAGAUGGAUGAACAGUGUUCCACAGUUGAAGAUUAGAUGUUAGAACCUGAAUGGACGGGGAAUGAGUUUAUAGUUUUUUUCUUUCAUGUAUUAAAUUUUCCUUAGUUGACAGUAGAAUGUUCAAACUUAGGAAUUUCUAAACUUCAAAGCAUAUAGGUUGAAUUCUGAGAUCAUAAUUAUCAACUACAAAGAAAAAAGGGUACACGUUAGGAAUUUUUACAUGACUUGACUGCAAAGACAUUUUAGUGGAUAUAGAUUAAUUUCUAUAUUACUUUUGUCUGCAAAGAUAUUUCAGUGUAAGGAUUUAUUUCGAACACACCCCUAAAUAGAUAUCAUAGAAGUAUAUAACAGCAAGCUACUUGCAAAGGAAAACACAGAAAGAAGAUGGUAAUUGCUAUCAUGUUCUUUCUUCUUCUCCCUGCUUUGCACACAUCGUUAGCUCAACAAAGACAAUCCAAUAUAAGCUUAGGUUCUUCACUAACACCCACCAGCACCAACUCCUCUUGGCUAUCCGGUUCCGGUUUAUACGCCUUUGGCUUCUACAAGCAAGCCCAUGGCUAUGCUGCUGGCAUAUUUCUUGCUGGAAUUCCUGAAAAGACUGUGGUCUGGACAGCCCUCAGAGACAACCCCCAGCGGAUAGUUCCCAGCAAUGCCACUUUGCUCCUGUCUACAGAUGGCCGAUUACUCUUGCAGCCAACACAAGGCCAAGACAUAUAUAUAGUUACCCUUGACCAAUCCGCUUCUUCGGCUUCCAUGCUUGAUUCGGGCAAUUUUGUGCUCUAUAACUCCGAUCAACAGAUCAUAUGGCAGAGCUUUGAGCACUCAACAGACACACUUUUGCCUGGUCAGCGCCUCCCACCUGGGCUACAUCUCUACUCUAGUGCUUCGGAUAUUGACCACUCGAGGGGAAUAUUUAUUCUCGCAAUGCAAACGGACGGCAACCUUGUGCAGUAUCCGGAUGACAAUCAGCUCACAGUCAGUAUGUCUUACUAUGCGUCUAACACGCCUGGAGCAGGAAACAACGUGAGCCUCAAUCUUGAUGAUGAUGGUCGUCUCUACUUGCUAAACAAAAAUUCCAUCCUAAGAAACCUAACAACAGGAGGAUAUCCUAAAGAAGGUAUGAUCUAUCUGAUGAGAAUUGAUGCAGAUGGUAUCUUCCGGGUUUAUUCACACAGCUCGGAUCCGAGAGGCAACUGGACAGUUCUAUGGCAAUCUUCAAAUGAUGAGUGUCAGCCUAAAGGUCUAUGUGGCAUUAAUGGGUAUUGUGUUUUAAUGGAUAAGGAAGCUGAUUGUAAAUGUCUCCCAGGAUUUGAUUUUGUUGAUCCAGGCAAGUGGAGUUCAGGCUGCGAGAGGAAUUUCACAGCAGUAAGUUGCAAAGAAAAGGAAGCAAAUGUUGAGUAUGUGAUGUGGCCAUUACGUAACACCUGGUGGGAAAAUAAUCAAUAUUCAAUGUCAUUAUUAGUGCCAACGGAAGAAGAUUGUGAAGAAGCCUGUUUGGAGGAUUGUAACUGUGAGGGUGCACUGUACAACGAUGGGGAAUGCAGAAAGCAGAGUCUUCCUCUGAGAUAUGGAAGAACAUUGUCAACUGAAUCAACAGUUGCUUUCAUCAAGGUUGGAACAUCUAAACCCGUCAUGAAUGUUGUCCCAAUUGAUAAGCAUAAAAAAACCAAGAAAGAGCUAAGAAUGGACAUUCUCAUUAUCAGUAUUUUGCUUGUUGCUUUGGCAUUUGUUGUCUUCGUGAUUUCUGGAGUCCUUAUAUACAGGAGUAGUGUGUGGGCAUACAGGAAGAUCUCUGAGAAGCCAAAUAUUGAAUUGGGUGAGGAAUUUGCUCCAAGAGCAUUCACUUAUGCAGAACUAGAGCAAGUAACAGAUGGUUUCAAGGAAGAGUUGGGUAGUGGAUCUUUUGGGAAGGUCUAUAAAGGUACUAUGUCUAUGUUGUCAAGUCUGAAAAUGGUGGCUGUGAAAAGACUCGAGAAAGUGUUAGCAGAAGGGGAAAGGGAAUUUCAAACUGAGAUGAAAGUCAUUGGGAAAACCCAUCACCGGAAUCUUGUCCAGCUGCUUGGUUACUGCCUUGAUGGGCCUAAGAGGCUUCUUGUAUAUGAAUACAUGAGCAAUGGAUCACUUGCAGAUAUACUCUUCGCUCCUGAAAAUCGGCCCAGUUGGGAGGAGAGAAUCAGACUUGCUCUGGACAUUGCCAGAGGCAUUCUUUAUCUGCACGAAGAGUGUGAAACACAGAUCAUCCAUUGUGACAUCAAACCUCAAAACAUACUCAUGGAUGAGUACAGGCGUGCCAAAAUUUCCGAUUUUGGAUUGGCAAAGCUCUUAAAGCCUAACGAGACUAGGACCUUUACAGGGAUAAGAGGAACAAAGGGGUAUGUUGCACCUGAGUGGCAUCGUAAACUGCCCGCGACAGUUAAAGCAGAUGUUUACAGCUUUGGAAUUGUGUUGUUUGAGAUUAUAUGUUGCCGAAGGAGUGUGGAUUGGAGCCUUCCAGAGGAUGAAGCCGUUCUUGAAGAAUGGGUUUACGUUUGUUUCAAUGCUGGUGAGAUAGUUAAACUUGUGGGUGAUGAACAGGUUGACAAGCGAAAACUGGAGAGAAUGGUUAAAGUAGGCCUCUGGUGCAUUCAAGAUGAGCCAUCGCUCCGCCCUUCCAUGAAGAAAGUUUUAAUGAUGCUGGAAGGAACCGUAGGAAUCCCAAUACUUCCCAAUCCUACGUUUUUCCUCUAGUUUUUUUAGUUGCUCUUUGUUUUUCCUCUAGUUUUUGUUGCAUUAGUUUUUAUAUGAACCCGACUUGUUAUAAAUUUGAAUAAAGAUUUGACUGAUUGAUCAGAAAAAUCAAGAUUAGAGGUCAUGUCAUUGCUAAAUGAGCUAUGGUUUUUUUUGCCUGCUUGAGUUGCACUGUGUAUAAGGAUUAAAUUUCAUCAACUGGCGAAAUAAAGAUGGAAAGAAAAGAUCAAAUUACUUACCUCCAGUAUGUAAAAAUGUAGUUACAAUUAUUUGCAUAAACUGAUUCAGCUUGUAUAGCACGGUUCUCUCCUAUGAAAUUCUCAGAGCAUUUUCCAGUAGGUUGUCCUAAUUUUUUAGUCUUAUUUCUCAAGUUCAUAAAUCCACUGUUGCAUAUAUUAGAGAUAGGAAAUUUGAUCUUUCUUUUUUACUUUUUCUUUUCUUCUUCUUCACCCAUUGAUGAAAAUAAUAUCACAUUCCAGUAUA